AAUGAAAAAGGGAAUAAAAUAUAGAAAAGGUGAUUCGAUGCGAUGACACUACCUGUGGUGGAGAUGGCGCCAAGAGACUCUCCCCCAUUCCCUUUUCGUUCUUUUUCUAACGAACCCCACUUCCUUACCAAUUCAUAUCCUAACAAACCAAUCAAGUUCACUCAUUUCGCUUAUUCUUCUUCCUUGAUUUUUUUCUUCUUCUUUUCAAUAUCCUUCUCUCUUCUCGACCAUCUUCUCCGGCGGCGCAAAAGCUUUCUUUCAGUGCGAAUCACCGGAAACGACUGCCGUAAACUUUCUGGCAACUGAUCGGAGAUGAGUUCGGCGGGAAAUCCCAACUGGGUUUUUGAUUACAGCUUGAUAGAAGACCUUCCGACCCUUGAGCCGCCUGGCUUCGCUUGGCCUUCUCACUCGUUUACAACUCCCACUGAUCUCAGCGUGGACUUUGAUGACUCAUUUGCCAACGAUGAUGGGCUUAAGGAAACUGGCUCCCGGAAGCGGGUGAGACCUGGAUCAUGCAGUACCACCGGUUCAAAGGCUUGUAGAGAGAAAAUGAGGAGGGAUAAACUUAAUGACAGGUUCCUUGAACUGGGUUCUAUUUUGGAUCCUGGAAGACCUCCCAAAAUGGACAAGGGUGUUAUAUUGGGUGAGGCUGUUCGAAUGGUUAACCAAUUACGAAUGGAAUCCCAGAAGCUAAAGCAGUCGAAUGAGAGUUUGCAGGACAAGAUAAAUGAGCUUAAGGCUGAGAAGAACGAACUUCGUGAUGAGAAACAAAGGCUAAAGGCAGAAAAAGAUAUUCUUGAUAAACAAGUAAAGGCCAUGACUUCACAACCAAGUUUCAUGCAUCCUCCUGCAAUGCCGUCUCCAUUUGCCAGCCCUGGCCAAGUUGUCGGUGGCAAACUGGUGCCUUUCGUUGGUUACCCCGGACUCUCCAUGUGGCAAUUCAUGCCGCCAGCUGCAGUCGAUACCUCACAAGAUCAUGUACUUCGUCCUCCAGUUGCAUAACUUGACCUUAGGCAGGCCUUGUUUUUCAGGUCUGCAACUGUGCAGUAAGGAGCCAUUUUCUUUUUCUACUUACAAACGUCGUUCCGGGAUACUUCAGUUGUUUUCUGGGGAUAAUUUCAAAGGUUCUUUUUAACCAUUUUGGUAAAUUUGGUUUACCAAUUUUGAUUACUCUAGAACAAAUGUUGCUGAGCAUUAAUUUAGAGACAUAUUUGGAGGCAUUGGUUAGAAAUGUAAUGUAAUGAUCCAACUUAUUCUUGUUACCUCUAUUUCCCUUGACAUAUAUGAACUAUUUUAUUAUUAAUUUGUUUGUUUUACUGUAACUACGACACUAACAGUGGUUCUUAAGAAAUUUGUGUGGCAA